AAGCCAGUUCCACUGUAGAUCUCAACUAUAAAAUGAUGCUGCUCUCCUAAGUGUGAAUGGAGUGAUCAUGGGUUUCUCUUGCCUUAAUCUCACCAUCAUUCCUAAAAAUUUGGAACAUGGAGAGGACAGUUGAGAAUGGAGAGGGAGUGAAAAUAAGAGAAGGUGCACAUGGGAAUUGAUGUAUGUUCAGUUCCUUUCUUGUCUUUCUUAAAAGUCUAACAGGAUUCUCUCCCUCCCCCCAACUCCCAAACAGGUCAGGAAGACGAUGGUCAGGAUUCUACGGAGCCAUCUGUGAAUUCAUUGGGAAGAACAAAGAAACAGUUUAAAUGCAGGGAAUGUGGAAUGUGCUUUAGUCACUGUAGAAAAAUGAGGAUACACCAACAAACUCACACAGGGGAGAAACCAUUUGAAUGCAUGGAGUGUGGAUGGAGCUUCAGUCACAGUGGAGCCCUCAGAACACAUCAGCGAACUCACACUGGGGAGAAACCGUUUAAAUGUAUUGAAUGUGGAAAGAGCUUCAGUCAGAACGGAACACUUAGAAUACACCAACGAACUCACACUGGGGAGAAACCAUUUAAAUGUAUUGAAUGUGGAAAGAGCUUCAGUCAGAAUGGAGCACUUAGGAGACAUCAACAAAUUCACAUGGAGGAGAAACCAUUUAAAUGUAUGGAGUGCGGAGAGGGGUUCAGUCACAGUGGAGCACUUACGAUGCAUCAACGAACUCACACUGGGGAGAAACCGUUUAAAUGUAUUGAAUGUGGAAAGAACUUCAGUGAAAGUAGAAACCUUAGAAUACAUCAACGAACUCACACUGGGGAGAAACCAUUUAAAUGCACUGAAUGUGGAAAGAGCUUCAGUCAGAAUGGAGCACUUAGGAGACACCAACGAACUCACACUGGGGAGAAACCAUUUAAAUGUAUUGAAUGUGGAAAGAGCUUCAGUUAUAGUGGAGAACUUAGAAUACAUCAUCGAACUCACAUGGGGGAGGAACCAUUUAAAUGCAUUGAAUGUGGAAAGAGCUUCAGUCAAAGUAGAAACCUUAGAAUACAUCAACAAAUUCAUACAGGGCAGAAACCAUUUAAAUGUAUUGAAUGUGGAAAGAGCUUCAGUCAGAAUGGAGCACUUAGGAGACAUCAACAAAUUCACAUGGAGGAGAAACCAUUUAAAUGUAUGGAGUGCGGAGAGGGGUUCAGUCACAGUGGAGCACUUACGAUGCAUCAACGAACUCACACUGGGGAGAAACCGUUUAAAUGUAUUGAAUGUGGAAAGAACUUCAGUGAAAGUAGAAACCUUAGAAUACAUCAACGAACUCACACUGGGGAGAAACCAUUUAAAUGCAUUGAAUGUGGAAAGAGCUUCAGUCAGAAUGGAGCACUUAGGAGACACCAACGAACUCACAUGGGGGAGGAACCAUUUAAAUGCAUUGAAUGUGGAAUGAGCUUCAGUCGUAGUGCAGAACUUAGAAUACAUCACCGAACUCCCAAGGGGGGAAACCAUUUAAAUGUAUUGAAUGUGGAAAGAGCUUCAGUUAUAGUGGAGAACUUAGAAUACAUCAUCGAACUCAUACGGCAGAGAAACCAUUUAAAUGCUUUGAAUGUGGAAAGAGCUUCAGUAAAAGUGGAAACCUUAGAAGACAUCAACGAACUCACACGGGGGAGAAACCAUUUGAAUGCAUGGAAUGUGGAAAGAGCUUCAGUCAAAGUGGAGACCUUAGAAUACAUCAACGAAUUCAUACGGCAGAGAAACCCUUUAAAUGUAUUGAAUGCGGAAAGAGUUUCAGUCAUAGUGGUGCCCUUAGAAAACAUCAACGAACUCACACGGGGGAGAAACCAUUCAAAUGCAUUGAAUGUGGAAAGAGCUUCAGUAGUAGUGGAUACCUUAGAAUACAUCAACGAACUCACACGGGGGAGAAACCAUUUGAAUGCAUGGAGUGCGGAAAGAGCUUCAGUCAAAGUGGAACCCUUAGAAUACAUCAACGAUCUCACACGGGGGAUAAACCAUUUAAAUGUAUUGAAUGUGGAAAGAGAUUCAGUCAAAGUAGAAACCUUAGAAUACAUCAACAAAUUCAUACAGGGCAGAAACCAUUUAAAUGUAUGGAGUGUGGAAAGAGCUUCAGACAGUGUGGAGACCUUAAUAUUCAUGAGCGAAUUCACCCAGGUGAAAAGCCAUAUCAAUGUAUGCAGUGUUCCACUCAAGGUUCACUCUUUACUUCACAUCAAGAAACUCAUAAAGGCCGAAAUCAAUUUUAAAUGCAUGGAAUCUGUGUGAUGUUCUGGUGUUGGUAUUUAAAUUUGUAUACACAUAUAUAUGUAUUAAAGUAAUGAGGGUCACAUAUACUGAAUGUAGAAAAGAAGUUGCAAGUUGUUGCUAGAUAAACGGGGAGAGUGUGAAUCUGGAAUGCUCAAGGUGUGUGAUGAAUCUGUUGAGUUUUGACCUCCGCCCUUCAAUGCCAAAAUGAUGGGGUGCCCUUGUCUUGUGGAUCAGCAUCUGUCAGCUUCAGGGAAAUGGGAUACCUCAGAUGUUGGGAAACAACGCCCAUAAGCCUCAGCCCAUAUGGCCAAGAUUGAUUGGAGUUGUAGUUCAAAAGCUCAAGGGGGGAAAAUCUCAUGUGUCCUACAACGUUUCAUUAUGAAUAAUUAUAGGUAAAACUUUUGUUGAUACAGAGCUCAUUUUUAGCUUCCAGGAGCAGCUGGUCACUUCUGCUUUAUAAACAAACCCAAAUAUAUUGACACACUUUACAUUAAAACCAAAUUUCAGAACAGAGACAAUUUUUUUUUUAAAAGCCCCUUUUUUUCUUUACAAACCAUUAUCUUCUCAAUCCAAGAUUUGCUUUUCAUAUGUAUAAAAAUACUUGGUUAGCAAGGGGGGUACAGAAAUAAUAAUAAAAAAGCUACAAUAAAAGCAUUAUCAGCAUUUAAAAAGAAAUGCUAGUGGAUGUUCAAGGCAUUGAGUUACAAAUUAAGGCAAAGAUCAACCAUUCUGCAAGCUGUUCCCCAUCCAGUAUUUCCCAGCUUCUGCCUUCUGAACUAUGUUCCUCUGCAAACCACUGUUCCAAAUCUGUACAGUCCUCCUGCUCCUGGGAAGAUUCGGGGGAGGCUCCCACGAAUGCGCCUCAGUGCAGCUCUCCUCAGCUGGGUCCCUGGUUAGGUUUUGGUUUAGGGGAGCAAGCAUGGGCCUGGACCUUGGGUGGGGGCGAGGGGAGAAGGGAAGAGAAGUAGAGGGGAUGCUUUUUCUGCGCAAGGCUAGUUCUUGUUUCUCCCAAGUAUGCACCUGUAAUCAGCGAGUGUGCAUUUAGCGGGAGUGUAUCCCUUUGUCUUGGAGUGCAAGAUUAUUCAGAAGGCCUUAGAGCAAAGCGCGUGUAUCGCAUAUGUUAAGUUGAUUGCAGCCUUUUUAAAAAUUAAUAUUCUUUAUUGAUUAAAAAAUUUGCAUGUCUAUACAAACAUUAUGUACAAUCUCUUAACAGGUAGAAAAAACAAAAUAAUAGAAAAUAGAAUAUUUAUAAAGAAAGAAAAAAAUAAAGAAUUAACAAAGAUAAGAAACCAAGAAAUAAUAGUAAGAAUAAAAGACAAAGUUAUUUACAUAGUAAAACUACUCAUCGACACAGUCCUUCCCAUCCUUCUCAUUAUACUGUUUGAUAUAACAUCCUUUUCACACAGGCUUACAUUAUAUAAUACCAUUUCUUUUCUUUUUUUAAAAGAUAUUUAUUAGAAGUUUAAAAAUUACAGAAAAAAGAAAAAAGGAAAACAAUAAAAGGUUUAACAGGACAUACACCAUAAUACAUAAAAUGAAAAACACAAAAAAGCAAUACAACAAUACAACAAAAGAAACAGAAACACUAAAACACACAUCCAAUAUUCCAUAUCUUUACCUUUCAUUUACUUGUUUCAUCGACCUCACACCUCCCUUUUUUGUAUUCUAGUACAAUUAACUAUUUCAGCAAAUUCUUUCCAUCAUUCUCAAUUUUUGUUCUAUAAUUUAUCUUAACGGUCUAACCUUAAAUUUUUCCAUUUUGGCCCAUUAUCAAUCAGCUUUUACUUAAUUCUUUAUUACAUUUCUGCUAAAACCAUAUAACUUCAUUCCAGCAUCCUUCUAGCAUUCAUUAAUUU